ACUAUCCUGUCUCUGUUUCAGAUGACUGUUUGGCCGACUCUCCUCUUUCUUUGGUGUAUCCUCAACUGCAUGGAGCUCUCAGCUUCAUCCUCAAAUCCUCAGUAUACCAAGUAUAAAAACUGCUUUCGCCUCACAAGGUCUACUCGAACCCGUGUGCAGCAGCUGCUGAGGAAAUAUAAGGAGCUGCAUCUGGGAAAUAGGCAUUUUGAGGACAGAAGCCGACACUUAAAGGACCUGCCGUUAAUUUCUACAGAAUUCAACAGUUGGAUUAAUCUGACGGACUGGGAACGCCUGCAUGCCGCUGUCAGGGAUAUGCAAGCCUAUUGGAAUAUGCUGGAGUGGAAGAGAAGACAGCUGGAGAAGGAGGAAAAAGACCAGAAGGUGGUGCAGGUGGCUCGGGCAACUUUAACUAAGAGCAUCAGGCACAUUCAGCUGGAUUUACGGGACCUGAUGAGCCAAGUCAGCAGUCAGAUGAGCUCUAUGAGAAGCUCUUGGAUAAGGCCAGCGUCUGCUACAGCACAAACACCGCUGAACCCAGCAAGCAGGUCCAGAACAGUAUGGGACAACCUCGUGGAAGGUUACAUCAUUCUGAGGGAUCUAGACCUUUACCUCACCAAGCUGGCGAGAGACUUUCUUGUACUGGCAUCGAAAAUACAGUCAUGAGUCAACACUGAAAAAGACAAAACACACACACACACAGACACACAGACACACACACACACACACACACACACACACACACACACACACACACACACACACACACACACACACACACACGUACCAAAAAAGAGGAAAAGGGAAGAAACAGUUGAACUGACUC